UUCCUUUAUUGGAUUUAAAAGAAAAUAACUUAUAGACACGAAUACAUUAUUCACAAGAACUAUUUUAAAAGGGAAGUCGACCAUAACAUGGCGAUAUUUAGGAAUAUAAUUUUAGCUGUGUAUUUUGCACAUUCCUUUGUUCAAGGUGUGCCGGCCGACUGUUGUGAUGCAUUGAAAAUCAUUACAAGAGCAGAAUGGGGAGCAAGAGACCCGAAAACUACACUGAAUAUAGCAGUGCCUGUGUCGACGUUUUUUAUUCACCAUACAGAUACCUAUGGUUGUGAAACACAGGAUGUCUGCUCUGCUCGCGUCCGAAGUAUCCAACGAUACCACAUGGAGGUCAAAAAUUGGACAGAUAUCGGAUACAGCUUUUUGAUUGGCGGAGACGGCAAUGUGUACGAAGGCAGAGGAUGGAACUUCGUGGGAGCGCAUACCUAUGGCUAUAACAGCGUUUCAUUUGCGGCGUCUUUCAUUGGAAAUUACACAAGUAUGCUACCAAAUGCCAAAGCAAAUAAAGCUGUUGAUAAUCUGAUCGAAUGCGGGGUCCACCGAGGAAAGAUCAAACCUAGUUACACGCUUCAAGGCCAUCGAGAUGCGAAACAAUCGAAAACAAAAUGCCCAGGAGAUGCAUUGUACAGGGAAAUUCAAACAUGGAAUAACUAUCCAGAUAGCGGCAAGACAGUCGAAAGGGACAUUCGCGAGAGCCCGCAAGGACCACCUGACCAGGAAGGACAUUUAGAACUGUGUGAUGCAAGUGGAAAGUUUUGCGGCUGGAACCAGGAUGGUCCAUUAUUUUGGUCCAAACGACAUGGAGAAGCAGAUUGGGCGGGGAAAACUGGUCCCAGUUCAGACAGCACGGGAUCUUUGACAGGUGACUACCUCCUUGCCGACGCCACUGAUAGUACUGCUUACAAAUCUGUUAAGAUAUAUUCCGACCAUUACCCGUACGACUCCUCUGCAAACAGCUUAUACUGUGUUGAUUUCCAAUAUCACAUGUUUGGCCAAGAUGUCGGAACGCUUAGUUUGAAAUUAGUCCUGGACGACCGGUACCGCAAAACUGUCUGGCACUUAUCCGGUGACCAUGGCAACCGAUGGAUACGGAAGCGCGUAGCUGUCAACACUGCAACUAGCAUCAUCGAAAGGAAAAUGCAUUUCGAAUUCAUCGCAACGUUUAGGGGAAGUUACCUAGGCGACAUUGCUUUGGAUAACAUCCGCAUAGGAAAGGGCCGGUGCGAAAUGGUUGGCAUGGUCACCAGAAAUGUGCCAGACUGUUUCCCGUACCGUUGGAACCAGAUAUCGUCAAGUCCUAAUUUUAAACUAAGCGUUCCGACAUCGUCCCCAUACAUGUGA